UCAGGAUACUGUUCACUCGAAGAAGCGAUGAUCGGUUCCAGCGUGUUCUCACACCUUCGCGUCACCGGUAUCUGUGCUCUGGUUUGCCUGAUUUACUCGGUGCACUGCUCAAACGCCGAAUACGCAGAGGGAAGAGAAUUCACGAACGACAGAACGCCGGUGAACGAGUUCGUCUCGUGCGCCGAGGGUAAGUGCAUAAAACGUGCCUCGUCGCAGCCAUUCAGCGGCAUGUGGUUCGGACCGCGAUUGGGAAAACGGCACAAAGCCGACAAGAACUCCGAAGCUGAUCCCGACCUCGAGGCUCUCGCGAAUAUCCUCGACACAGCGCGUUGGGGCGUCCUCGCAGUUCCAGGCGGAGAGAAGCGACAAUCGACCCAAUUUACACCCCGUUUGGGACGCGACUCCGGGGAGGAAUUCUUCUCGUACCGAUCCCCAAAGGACCAGGAGGAACUCUACGCGGAGGAACAGCUCUUCCCACCCCUUUUCGCGCCCCGUCUAGGACGUCGACUACCGUGGACACCCUCUCCGAGGCUUGGUCGUCAAUUGCACAACCUCUUGGAGAAAUCUAGACAAUACGGCGACGAUUCGCGCUUCUGAAACCUCCUCCUACGAAUUCAACGAAUAAA